CACCUCAAACGAUCACUCUUCAGCCACGCCUCCGCAACACACUGCUGCCCGUCGUUCGUUUAAGAAGUAUAUUGGGUUGGACUCACUCGCGCGGCCAAAGAAUUCGCGAUGGUGCUUCGAUCGGCUGAGCGGAGUGUCCCCGCGCUGGCGGUGGUGGCAGCCGCGUUAACUUGCUACCUGGGAGCCGUCGAUGCUGCAUGCGACGGCGGAAGCGCCCCGGAUAUCUCCUGGGCGGAAUCCUCUAACCGCCUGUACAUUGACGGCGGCUGCGCAACGAUGGCUGACAUCUAUGAAGAUCGCUCUGAUAACCUUGGGGCAAAGGGCCCUCUGUACUACUUUGACCAGGAGAACAACGUCAUUUCAGAGACUUACACCGGUGUAUACUAUCUCGACAGCAACAUCCACAUCAGGAACGGCGCCACUCUCGAGAUCGACGGCACGGGAGCCCUCGCGUGCGAGACUCUUCUUAUGGCGGGCAACGACGAUAUCACGGGCUCGGACAGCCUUAAUAUUCGUGCCCAUGGAGGGAACCUGGUUGUCCGCGACACGAAAAUCUUCUCGUGGGACAUUACCACGGGGACUUACGACACGAACACGGGCAACGGCCGGCCGUAUUUGAGCGCGAUUACCGAGUUCAUUACCGGUCGCGAUGAGGACUUGUGCCCGUCCGACACCCAAGCCGGCGAAGAUGGUUACAGCACAGGUCAAGCUAAAGAACAGAUGGGGGUCGCCAGGAUGGACAUCUACGACUCGGAGCUAGCAUAUCUCGGGUACUCUGAGAGCGAGUCGUACGGUAUCUCCUACAAGGCUCGCGGGUUGUGUAAGACCCUCGAAAAUGUCGACAUCUUCGACGAUGACCAGGAUUUUCCUGUGUACGGAGCCUACGCGGUCUACGGAGAUAUCUACAGGUCCAAGAUCCACAACAACUGGUUCGGGCACUACUCCUACGGGCACCAGGGCGGCAAGUGGAUCGACAACGAUGUCUACGACAACGUCGGCUACGGCUUCGACCCGCACGACGAUUCUGACCACCUUGAAAUCAGAGGCAACAAGGUCUGGGGCAACGGUUACCACGGAAUCAUUGCGUCGAAGAGAUGCACCGAUAUCACGAUUGCCGACAAUGAGGUCUGGGACAACGCCGAGAACGGCAUCAUGCUCCACCGGUCAUGCGACCGCGCGACGGUAACCGGUAACACCGUCAGAGACUCCGGCGAUGCAGGUCUCUCCUUGUACGAGAGCUCCGACUGCGACGUCUACGACAACGUUUUUGAAAACAAUCCCCGUGGUGUGCGUUGGAGCAAUGGCGCGAAUAGGAACAACGUCUACAGCAACACGAUGACGGUUGGGUCCGGAGACGACGAUGACUACGCCAUCUACCUUUAUCGUGGAAACGACGAGCCCGAAGCCGACGGCAACCCCGACGGCCACCCUAGGGACAACAAAAUCUACGACAACAACAUUUACUCCGGCAAGGAAGUCGCCUGGUUAACUACGGAUGCAGACGACAACGAGUUCUACGACAACACGUUCCACAGUGGGUCGAAGGCUAUUUUCGAAGAUAGCACCAACAACCUGGUCCGUGACAACACGUUCACAGAUUCCAGCUUUGAGUUCUCGGUUACCAACUCCUGCUUUUCCACCGGAACGGAUGUUCCGGGGGUGCCUUUGUGCGACGGAACAGAUGAUACUGUGGCCCCGACAGAUGACUCUGUCGUCCCGACAGAUGACUCUGUCGUCCCGACAGAAUUACCUGUCGUCCCGACAGAUGAUGAAUCACCUGUCGUCCCGACAGAUGAUGGGGAUAUCGAAUCAGCUGACGACACACAGAUCGACGGUACCGAAGGCAUCGACGGAAACGGGGUCGUCUGCUGUCCGAUCGGCUGUGGUCAGUGCGGAGGGGAUGGAUGCAGUACGGCUGGAUCUGCGAAUGGUCUCGGCUCGGAGUCAUGCUGUGGGGGCGGUGUUAAGUCUCUGGGCGUGUACUGUGAUGACACCAACGAAGCCCCAUGCAUCAUCGGCAGCGCGCCGGACACCGAUGAUGUCGAUUCCGGAAUAUCUGAAGAAUCAGCUGACGAUACACAGACGUGCAGCAACGGCAUCGAAGGCAUCGACCACAAGGGCGAAGUUUGCUGUCCGCUUGCCUGUGGUCAGUGCGGGGGGACGGGAUGCGGUUCGGCUGGCUCAGCUUUCGAGCUCGACGGUGAAUCUUGCUGCAGCUCACAAGUAUUGGCUGGCAACGUGUACUGCGAGGACACCAACGCAGCCCCGUGCAUCAUCUAAAUUUUGAAGACACAACAAAGCCCGGAGGUAAACACCAGAACGAACGGCGUUCUAGGGACAUCGUGCUGAUAUUGCGACUGCAAUUUUCACGGGGUAGCUGAACUCUUGGAACUCUCCGAACACGCCAACAAUAGAGCUCUGCGUUACCCUAUUAUCAUGGUUCGCUGUCGGGUUUCGAGCCUUGUCUCCACCCUAGGGCACUAGAUUGAUGCUUCGCCCGCGAAUAGUUAUUAUCCCGUGGGCCGGGUGUGCAGUCGUGAACUUGAGAAAGGAGCCGGCGUAACUCCUCGUAGAGCUACUCGUUGCAAUUUUGAUGUUCUGUUAUACUAAUACUAUUCUAACUGUCCUGUGGAUAGGGUGUACCACAGAGUUUUCCUUCUGCGCCCAGGUAUGCCCCCCCCUGCGCGGGGCGGCUGCUCGUAUCUGGAGUGAUUUGUAGAUGGGUGUGUAGAUACGAUAGAAUGGAUGGCACGCUCUUGCCUUGCUUGUAUGGGUCUGUUUGUGAGUGGCAGUUUGUGUUGCUGGCAUCAGCUCUACCAUUGCAGAAAACGGACGAGCGGCACUUCUUCCACGCACGCACACAUCUUGCAGUUGUCUCCUAUCGCUACUGGAUUGCUUUCACACCAUGAAAAAUAUUGUAACUGUAUGAUUUAGGCAGGGCAUUGCCCGAAGUAUUGGCGUUGUCUCUAUGAUGCCUCAAACAAACGUGUGUGGUCGCAACGGCGGUGCCUUGCUGUGAUCACAACCCACUCUAGUGUGCUCGUGUCCUUCCCUAGGCUUGCUGCCGUCCAAAUUUGAUUCGCUUCGUGUGAUUUGUCGGUGUUUUGGUGGGACCCUGGCCUUGUUGUUCUCCUGGUUGUGUCAGCUACGCGGAGUUUGAUGUAGACAGGGAACCUAUCUCGUUGCAACACAAGGAAAUGGUUUGCACAUAUGUGGGAGGGAUAUACAUGUGUCAAGAGGUUUCUCCGGAAACCCCCCAAGUGUUUCACGUUGAAACACUCGUGUCACCUGUCACGAAGACCCAAUUGCUAAGAGUGGUAUCGAUACGUUCGUAGAUCACGUGCCUAUGGGUGAUACAUUCACAGUGGACAGGGUUGAGAUUUUUCCUUGAGAAGAACAUGCGACAUUUGGUCGAAUUCGACCUUUGAGUUUUGGUUUCGAGUUGGCUCUAUGUACUCUCAGCCACCCGAGUGGGGUUGGAAUGAGAUCGAGAAUCAAUCGAGUACAAUUCGGAAGAACCGAAAGUGCCCGUGUCAAUGAUGCAAUUCAUCAUUGAACCAUGACCGCGAGAGCAGGGCAUCCCAGACAGCGAUCUAAAGUCCCGGAUGUGGGCGGUGAUCCGGUGGGUCGGAAGAUCUUGAUCUCGCAGGUAUUCGUUGCGACGAGCUUUGCGCGAUGAAAUGCUUGGGUCUAGUAUGGAAAAAAGCCGAGGAAAGCUGGCCUCUUGAUCAACAAGGAAACUCUUCAACGGCUCUCUUGAGUGUUGUGUAGAAAUAACUCGAUCAACGAAACGGAUUUGUGCUCUGCUGGAUGUCAACUUCAUGCCGACGUGCUGCUUUCAUCGAGCGGUCUGUAGGUAGGUGACAGAUAGAUGGAAGAGUAGCGACAUGAAGGCAUCUCCGACAGUCAGAACGU